AUGUGUAGACGAUGGUCAGACAAACAAAUCGUUGUGACUGAUCACAACAAGUCAUUAAAACUUAGAUUGAAAAGUUCAUCGCCACACACAACAAACUCUGACCCUAUGUCGUCUGAUGGACAAAAAACACCGUUGAUUAUCUGCAACUUGAAUAUCGCACCUAAUGUUAAAACUCUCGCACCAAAAAAUAAUAUUAAGAAAAACGCAAGAAAGCUCCCGCCGUUUUGUGUGCAGUAUCAAAACUCUUUAAAUAAAAGCAACGCCUUUCAAGAAUCUAACUUGAAAACUAUGAAUGAUUUCAUCGUACAGGGAACAUUGAUCGCAAACCAUAGACGCCGAGUUCGUCAAACAAAUCACGCAGGCCAUCAAGACUCGCCCGACAUCAUCAUAAAUUGCGAAGAUGAUGAAUAUGUUGAGUGUACGGAUAUCGCUAUGAGUGUGUUUAACAACAUAAACACCGACCUCCUGUUGAGUCUCGACUGCUUUGAAAUGGAUAGCUUUGGAAGAUUGCCCGGUGAUAGUCGAACCCCAACGCCGAUUUCUAAACCGUCGAUGAAUAUUGCGCCAUCAACAAGUGAAAAUAUGAUUCAAAAUCAAUCAACUUCUGCCCUUUUAGCGGUUCCUGCUGGCUAUAGGCCACUUAGUCUUCGAGCAUCGUCACCUAAUAUAAAAUCUAUAAUUCGAAUAGAUCUUGUCACUAGAUCCUAUGUUUGGCUAGAAAAUGAAUCUACAAUUUCAAUAUGUUUUAUGGCCAUUAAUGACAUGGGAAGUUGUAGAAGUGCAAUCAAGAAUUAA